UGAUUGGCUAGAAAUUUUUUGUGACGUGUCCUUUUUUUAAAUUAUAUUAUUUCAGGAGGAAUUCCAGUCAAUUAUUCAAAGUCGCGUGCUUCUUUCUUCCAACUCUCAUCCUCUUUUUAGAGCGUUUUACAUUCCUUUUACACCCAAUAAAUUUCUUGAAUUUGGAUAUAUUCACGUAUUUCAAAGAAAAUUAAAAUAAUUUAUUUUAGUUGAAUAUAUUUUUUAGAUAAAUUUAUUUUUGUUUAUUUAAAUUUAUUAAUUUGUUUAAUCAUUUUAUCUUAUUAAAUUUUCAAAUAAUUUUAAUUUUACAGACCAGAUUUUUCUUGGUUUUUAGCUAAUUUGUAAAUUUUAUUGUUAAAUGGCACCAAAGCAGCGCAUGAAUGUUGCCAAUCAAGCUUUCAGCAAAAAUGUUGUAUCCCGCGGGAAUGUUGCCAAAUCGAUGAAGCCAGAACAAAACAAGUAUGCAGCUGCCCCUUGGCUUAUUGGCGUUUUUGUGUUUGUUGUUUGCGGUUCUGCCAUCUUUGAGGUUGUGCGAUACAUAAAAAUGGGAUUUUAAGUGACAUUUCUUGGGAAGGAACGAAAGUUGCUGAAGUGAUUUCAUGACAAAGAACGGCAAAUAUUUUAUCUUUUUGGUUGUUUUUUCUUUUUUGGUCGGACCAUACUUUUU